AGUCUUAAAGCAUCAUCAUCUCUAUUAUUGUACAUUGUUUCAGAUUGCAAGAAGAAGACAUAACUUCCAUGUCAUAGCAUGAUCAACACCUUCAACCAGAGCCCUCCAAUGUAUCCGACACAACAAGGGUCUCCCCUCUCAAUCGUUAAACUCACUUUAUGGAUUUUUGCUGUUUGUGUUCUUGGACAGAUUAUUGGGACCUGUGUUUUUGGUGUAUAUUUUCAUACAAAACUAGAUAAGAUUGAAGACAUCAUGGCAAUAAACAACGAUUACUUGUUCCUCAGAAGAAUACAGAAAUGUCUGAAGAGAGAAAAAGUGGAUCCCACAUUACUGAGCUGCAAGAAAGUUAUAGAUGAGUUCCGCAGCCUAAUCUCUGAGAUUACCCAGUAUGACCAACCUAGUGAAAGCCAUGAAAAAUUAACAGCUGAAAGAGAAAAUUCAGUUCCUGAACCUCGAAUUGAAGAAGAACCCAGAACUUCAAAGAAAGUACCAGUGGCCGCUAUACAUGUAGUGGGAGACAAAAACAACAGCAGCAAUGAAGUGGAAACCCAGACAUUCAUUGGAAACUCUUUAAAGGGUGGGGAGGACAUGUACUUAACAAUUGCCAGAGAAAAAAAUAUUGGUGUUAACACGUUGCUCUUUGUCUCCCUAGGUCUUUGGUGGCGCAAAAGAAGUUACUUUUCAAUGCAAAAUGAAAUUACUUCCACAAACAACAAACUUAAAAUUGAAACACCUGGAGUUUAUUAUAUUUACUCUCAAGUCAGUUAUUGUGCUAAUUUAGCAAAACCUCAAACAGCACCAUUUGUACAGUCCAUCCAUCUGAAGCGAUCAAGUGAACCUGAAAAGAUUUUACUAAAAGGAGUGAACACAGUUGUCUCAUCAACAGAAAACUGUGCACUGCAAUCAACCCAAAUCGGGGCUGUGUUUACUUUUAAAGAAAAUGACCUGUUGUUUGUCAAGGUUACAGAUCCAGCCUGUGUCAACUACAGCCCCGAAUAUACGUACUUCGGGACGUUUAAGGUGGGAGACUCAUCCUGAUCUAUAGACCACAGCUAGCAGCAAUGUAAAUAUAUUUUAUGAUGCAAAAAUGUUCAUUGCUAUUUUUAAAUGUGCUACCAGGGAUGAUUGAGUUGGUACACAGAACAAAUCCAAUUACUGUAGGGAUCUAUUAGCUCCAUUUGCUAUGAAUCAAUCCACAAAAUCUGAAUGAGUAAAACAAAAAAAGCAAUUUAAACAUAUGCAGUAAGGAUAGGUCAGUUCGUUCUGAAAGCAAGAUAUUUUUUAAAUCUCUGAAAUGUAAAUGGAUGUUCCACUUAUGAUCCAAACUAGAGUUCUAAAUAGCUUAGUACAGAUUCAGAAUUGUUUAAAAAGAUAAGCUUAUAAAUGUUAAUUAAUAUGAUGCAUGCAUCAAAAUUCUACCAAUGGAUUUCUGUACAACCACCCUAUUGCAUUUUCCAGCUUUAAAAGCACCACCAGCUACAGCCGUCAGCCCUGAUCAAUGCAUUCUGACAUCGGGGAAGUCUACACGCUGACAGAAUACAAAGGCUCGGAGGGGAGGAUUCCCUUAUCUGCGUGUGGAUGGAAGAAUCCAGUCAUUUUUAUUUGUUCAACCCGCUGGUUGAACAAAAA